GAAAAUAUGAAAAACAAUUUCAUAUACACCGACACCUUAACCUAGCUAAUCCAGCAUAAUAGCACUGGAACUCCAUUUCCAUCUGGUUCACAAACUCCGUUUCUCUCCCCUCUGUCAACUUAUGGCAUAUCAAAGACUCAUACUUUUCUUGGUUUUUCUCCUUUUCCUCACAAACCCAGUAAAGUCUCAGCUUGAUGAAGAGCUCCACUUCAAUGGGUUCAGUGGCGUUGGCAGCAACAUGAGCUUAAAUGGGGUCGCAGAGAUCGAGCCCAAUGGCAUGCUAAAGCUCACAAACGACACUCUUAGAGUCUUGGGUCACGCUUUCUAUUCUUCUCCAAUCAAAUUCAAGAACUCAACUGAUGGAAAAGCUUUCUCCUUUUCCACCGCUUUUGCUUUCACUAUAGUCCCAGAGUACCCCAAGCUCGGCGGCCAUGGCCUCGCCUUCAUAAUCUCACCUUCAAAGGAGCUUCCUGGGUCUCUUCCAAGCCAGUACCUUGGUAUUCUCAACGCCACAGUCGUCGGCAACUUCUCAAACCACAUCUUUGCUGUUGAAUUUGACACUGUGCAGGACUUUGAAUUUGGCGACAUCAAUGACAACCAUGUUGGCAUCGAUAUAAACAGCUUGGCCUCCAACAAAUCAACUCCAGCUGGGUAUUUCACCAGUCAAAAUUCAACAAAACAGAGCCUCAAUCUCAAAAGUGGUCACGUAAUCCAGGCCUGGGUAGAUUACGAUUCAGUGAAAAACCAGGUAACUGUUAAGCUUUCCCCUAAUUCUAUCAAACCCACAUCUCCAAUUUUAACCUUCGAUGUGGAUCUCUCUCCAAUUUUUCAAGAUUUUAUGUACGUUGGCUUCUCUGCCUCAACUGGGUUGCUAGCCAGCUCGCACUAUGUCUCUGGUUGGAGCUUCAAAAUGAAUGGAGAUGCCAAGUCUCUCUCUUUGGAUGCUCUGCCUAAACUCCCUGGGCCCAAAAAAACACACACAGGUGUAAUUGUGGGUGUUUCUGUUUCUGCUUUUCUGGUCUUGAUCUUAGGCAUUGGGUUGGCUUUCUACAUCAUUCACAGAAUCAAGAACGCUGAGGUGAUUGAAGCUUGGGAGCUUGACAUUGGUCCUCACAGAUUCACAUACCAGGAGCUGAAGCAUGCCACAAGAGGCUUCAGAGAAAAAGAGGUAAUUGGGUUUGGUGGGUUUGGUAAAGUUUAUAAGGGAACUUUGCCAAACUCAAAUACCCAAGUUGCUGUUAAGAGAAUAUCCAAUGAAUCAAAACAGGGUCUUCAAGAAUUUGUGUCUGAAAUUGCUAGCAUUGGUCGUCUUCGCCACAGAAAUCUAGUUCAAUUAUUGGGUUGGUGUCGUAGGCGUGGUGAUUUGUUGCUUGUAUAUGAUUUUAUGCCUAAUGGGAGCUUGGACAAGUACCUGUUUGAAAACCCCAAAGCAAUUUUGAGCUGGGAGCAGAGGUUCAGGAUUGUCAAAGGUGUAGCUUCAGGGCUAUUGUAUUUACACGAAGGUUGGGAGCAAACUGUGAUUCAUAGAGACAUUAAAGCAGGAAAUGUGUUGUUGGAUUCUGAGCUAAAUGGAAGGCUUGGUGACUUUGGUCUUGCUAAGCUGUAUGCGCAUGGCUCAAACCCAACAACAACCAGGGUGGUUGGCACACUGGGUUACCUCGCUCCUGAGUUGACUCGGACUGGAAAACCUACUCCCAGCUCUGAUGUGUUUGCUCUGGGAGCUCUUUUGCUUGAGGUGGUUUGUGGGAGGAGACCCAUUGAGGCCAAAGCCAUGCCUGAGGAGCUCAUUUUGGUGGACUGGGUUUGGGACAAGUGGAGAGAUGGUACAAUUCUUGAUGUUGUGGACGCAAGAUUGGAGGGUGAGUUUGAUGAGCUUGAGGCUGUUGUGGUGCUUAAACUUGGCAUAAUGUGUUCCAAUAAUACCCCCAAGGCAAGACCUACAAUGAGACAGGUGGUGAGGUACUUGCAGGGUGAGGUGGCACUGCCUGAGGUGGUUUUGUCUCCUGGGGCGUAUGAUGGGAGAAAGGACAGUGAGGGUGGUGGUGAGUUUGAGGAUUAUGUGCAUUCGUAUCCAACAUCUUCAUAUUUUGAGAAGGCAAGUGCAUGGUCAUGUGAUGAUGCAGAUGUUGAUUUUGAAGCUGCUUCUUCAAGCUCACCUCUCUCAGUAUCUGGUAGAAAUGGUGGUAGCUGCCCAAGAUAGUGUCAAUUUCCUCUCUCUCUCUCUCUCUCUCUCUCUCUCUCUCUCUCU